AUGGCCUGGACGAGGAUUCAAAAAUCCGUAGCAACUGUUCGCACUCACCGAGAUCCAGGUGACCGCCUCGGCGUCGACCAGCCCAGCAAGGCCAUCGAGUGGCUCAUCCGCGCCGCCGCCGCCGCCAUCGACGGCCUCCCGUCGCUCGACUGCUCCUUCGCCCUCCCCACCGCCGCGGCAUCUCCGCCGAGCGCUGGCGACGACGCCGAGGUCAGCACCUCCGACACCAGCAAGAGCUCCGUGCUCUCGCUCGCCAACGCCCCGGCUGACAACGCCGCCCCUCAGCAAGCCAGUCACGCCUACAACGGCAACGCCAGCGGCGGCGGUGGCGCGUUCGCCGAGCUGAUCCUGCACUGCUCCGCCAACGACAGCAAGACCGUGCAGCAGCAGCAGCAGCCGACGCUCGCCUACUACGCCGCGCAGCCCCCGAGCGCGCACGCCGCGCCGGCCUUGUCCUUCGAGACGAUGCCGCCCCACUUCUCCUUCCUCCAGGAGCAGCCUCACCCCGCAGUCGCCUUCGACCGGGGCACACUUCAGUCCAAUGCCGCCGUCGCCGCGCCGCUGUGGCCGACGUCUCAGCAAGCGUGCCGCGUGCCUGCUGCAGAGGUUCGCCGCUUCUCCGGCUGA